AUGUCUCACAACGGGCUCGGUCGAGAUAUGCGAACGACCCAGCAAUGGGUAUCAGCCUGCAGACAACAUGAAAAUACCCGCAAGUACUGUGCUGUGAUUAGACCCCUAAAUGAUGAUAUUAAGGCUCUCUUGCGAGUGAUUGAGCAAAUACAUCAAUCUGGGAUAUGGGGUCAGCCAAUUGACGUGUAUGAAGAGCUCCAGUCUUACUCAGAUGGAAGUAUGGAUGGAACUGUUGGCAAUGAGCACCAGCGAAAUUCUGCAGACUCGCUGGUCGCGAACGACGUGUCCAAUCAGGACGUCUUCGAAACCUACACCCACACGACGACUUCACGAUCAACCUUGACACUUGUGCCUACAGACCUUUCGUACCUUAAUGCCUCACACAUGCAGACACGUGGCAUACAGGAACCUGGGUCUCCGUCCAUCCCUAUAUCCGCAGCAGACGAUAAUGCUGAGGAAUCGUUGUCCCCUGGGUCUAGAAGACUUGGCAUGGACUUCCUGGAGAUCGGUCCUGAGCUACCGCUUUUCUACAUCGGAUGCCGGGGACGCGACUGUGCUGUCAACGCAUAUAUAGAUACGGGGGCUAAAGCCAUGGUGGCCCGUUUGUCGAUCGCAAAGCGAGGCAACGCACGAAUCCAGAGACUGAGGCACCCGAAGAUACUCUUAACGUUCAACGGGCUGCCAAUAUUCAGCAACCAAUUCGUGUGGCUUGAUCUCUUUACGUUUGAUAGACCGCACGAAGCUCAACGUAUCAAGGUGUAUCUGCUGGAAGACCGCUUCCUCCCUUUCGUUGAUGCUUAUGUGGACUUGGAAAACGCAAAGAAAUUCGGGGCGCGACUGGUUCGGGAUUGGCGAGAAAAGCGUUUGAAGUGA